AUGCGGUGGAUAACCAAGUUGAUUCCAGGAAUUGAGAAGCUUGCCGCGGAGUAUCACAUUGGUAACUUUGUAGCUCUACGGGGGAAGAACGAGGACUUCUUCGAGUCCAUGCCGUUGUAUACCAGGAUCGGAAUGCACCUUUUAUUUUAUGGUAAAGAACAGGUGAAGAUACUGGGAACGAAAUCUGUUGAGACUUUCCUGCGCGAUCAGACUGAGAAGCAAGGUAGAACCUUUGACAGCCCAAAGUCUGUCGCGUCAAUCCCUUCAUUUGUGAAGACAUAUGCUAUCCAGACGGAUGAGCUGCUUCAGCCAGAUCUUACAAAAUAUAAGAACUUCAAUGAUUUCUUCGCCCGGAAACUCCUCCCGGACGCCCGGCCAGUCGAGAACAAGGAAGAUCCGCUCAGAAUCUGCAGCGCAGCUGAUUCUCGCCUCACAGUAUACCAAACCGUGGAUCUUGCACGCCAGUUCUGGAUCAAAGGCUCCGAAUUCAACAUCCCAAAUCUCCUAAAUGUUCCAGCUGAUUCUCCGAAAGUCGCACCCUUUCGCGACGCGAGUCUCGCCAUCUUCCGCCUUGCCCCAGCGGAUUAUCAUCGUUUUCAUUCUCCCAUUGAUGGCGUUGUUGGAGAGAUUGAUCAUGUGCCAGGCCAGUUUUACACAGUCAACCCUCAAGCCGUUAAUGAGAAGGGGUUCAACGUGUUCACUGCUAACUCCCGCUCGGUUCUGUAUAUGACCCACGUCGAGACGGGCCUCCCUGUUGCCUUCGUGGCUAUUGGAGCGCUUCUAGUAGGAAGCAUCAAGUGGACAGGGGGGAAUGAGAAGGGUUCAACCGUUAAACGCGGAGAGGAGCUUGGAUAUUUUGCGUAUGGGGGAAGUACCGUUGUCACCGUUUACCCGAAAGGCGUCAUAAAGUUCGACCAGGAUCUGGUUGACAACUCCAAAAGACCCAUCGAAACAUAUGUCAAGGCGGGUCAAUUCCUUGGCCAAUUUGCCAAUGCUGAUGGCAGUACUUCUUGUUAG